AUGUUUGCAUUAAUUUUAUUUGUUUCUCUUGCUUGUGCAAAUGAAGUUGCAUUCAAACAAUGGGCUGCUACACAUAACAAAGUAUUUGCUAAUAGAGCUGAAUAUCUUUACAGAUUUGCUGUUUUCUUAGACAACAAAAAAUUUGUUGAAGCUAAUGCUAAUACUGAACUUAAUGUUUUUGCUGAUAUGACUCACGAAGAAUUCAUCCAAACUCAUCUUGGAAUGACUUAUGAAGUUCCAGAAACUACUUCUAAUGUUAAAGCUGCCGUUAAAGCUGCUCCAGAAUCAGUUGAUUGGAGAAGUAUUAUGAAUCCAGCUAAAGAUCAAGGACAAUGUGGUUCAUGUUGGACUUUCUGUACAACUGCAGUUCUUGAAGGAAGAGUUAACAAAGAUCUUGGAAAACUUUACUCAUUCUCUGAACAACAAUUAGUUGAUUGUGAUGCUUCUGAUAAUGGAUGUGAAGGAGGACAUCCAUCUAACUCACUUAAAUUCAUCCAAGAAAAUAAUGGAUUAGGAUUAGAAAGUGAUUAUCCAUAUAAAGCUGUUGCUGGUACUUGCAAGAAAGUUAAAAACGUUGCUACUGUUACUGGUUCUAGAAGAGUUACUGAUGGAAGUGAAACUGGACUUCAAACUAUUAUUGCUGAAAACGGACCUGUUGCUGUUGGUAUGGAUGCUAGCAGACCAUCAUUCCAAUUAUAUAAGAAAGGAACUAUCUAUUCUGAUACUAAAUGUAGAUCAAGAAUGAUGAAUCACUGUGUUACUGCUGUUGGUUAUGGUUCAAAUAGUAAUGGUAAAUAUUGGAUUAUUAGAAACUCAUGGGGAACAUCAUGGGGAGAUGCUGGAUACUUCCUUCUUGCUAGAGACUCCAACAACAUGUGUGGUAUUGGAAGAGAUUCUAACUAUCCAACCGGAGUCAAGUUAAUUUAA